AAGAAUUCAUCAUUUUCCGUCCCUCCCCAUUCAAAACAAGGACCGAACCCGAUCCACUCUCUAUCGAUGGAAAAGAAGAUACGAAGGAGACGAUAAGAGAGAGGGAGUAGAGUGGGGGGUCGAUGGCUUCGCCAUCCGUCCCCAUCGACGACUUCGACAACGACGAGUUCGAUUGGGAGGCGGCCGUCCGAGAAAUUGACUCCGCUUGCCAAGGCGCCUCCACUUCCAAUCAUCAAGAUCCCGCCCUUCCAACCACAGCCGCUGUCCCCGCCGCCGCCCGAGCUUGCCCUAAGCCUGUCAAGUCCGAUGGCAAAGGCCGGCAAUCCACUCUCGAUAGGUUCGUGGACUCCUUUACCAAGCGUAGGAAGGCAGACGAGGGUUUCCUCAGAUCCAAGAUUCAGGAGAAGAAUGCAACCCCUGAUCCUGGGAGAAGUGGCGAUCUUGGGGGCGGCAAUGAGCCGGGUGGGGUUGAGAUUGAUCUUGAAGCCGCCAAAACAUGGAUUUAUCCAGUUAAUGUACCUCUUCGGGAUUACCAGCUUUCCAUUGCUAAGAGUGCUCUUUUUUCAAACACACUGGUAGCAUUGCCUACAGGACUGGGUAAAACUCUUAUUGCUGCUGUCGCGAUGUAUAACUACUUUCGAUGGUUUCCAGAUGGUAAAAUUGUUUUUGCCGCACCUUCACGACCUCUUGUCAUGCAACAAAUUGAGGCAUGCCAUAAUAUUGUUGGGAUACCACAGGAGUGGACAAUUGAUAUGACAGGUCAGAUGAGUCCUCUAAAGCGAUCAGGUUUUUGGAAGUCCAUGAGAGUUUUCUUUGUCACUCCGCAGGUGCUUGAAAAGGAUAUAAAAUCUGGCAUAUGCUUGGUGAAGCAACUUGUCUGUUUGGUGAUUGACGAAGCUCAUAGAGCUACAGGAAAUUAUUCUUACUGCGUUGCAGUUCGUGAGUUGAUGGCUGUACCUGUGCAGCUAAGGAUUCUAGCUUUGACAGCAACACCAGGAUCAAAACAGCGUGCGAUUCAAAAUGUCAUUGAUAACUUAUGCAUUUCAAAUUUGGAAUAUCGUAAUGAAAGUGAUCAUGAUGUCAGCCCAUAUGUGCACAACAGGAAACUUGAAUUGAUACAGGUUCCAAUGGGUGAGGACGCAAUUGGAAUCAGUAAUCUGUUGCUGGAAGUUAUAAGGCCAUACAUAGCUCGAUUAUGUGCCAAUGGGGUGCUUCAUAGCAGGGAUUAUGCAACAUUGAGCCCAUGUGAAUUACUAAAUAUAAGGGAUAAGUUUCGGCAAGCACCUCCAUCAAGUCUUCCUCAAGCAAAAUAUGGAGAAGUAGAAGCAUUUUUUGGAGUCCUGAUUACCCUUUAUCACAUAAGGAAGUUACUAUCAAGCCAUGGUAUCAGACCGGCAUAUGAGAUGCUGGAGGAAAAGUUGUGUCAAGGGUCAUUUGCACGGCUUAUGUCUAGGAAUGAAACUGUAAUGAAAGCAAAACUCUUGAUGCAGCAGAGCUUGUCACUUGGUGCUCCAAAUCCAAAAUUAAUGAAAAUGAUAGAGAUUCUGAUUGAUCAUUUUAAAACAAAAGAUCCAAUGGACUCAAGGGUUAUCAUCUUCUCUAACUUUAGAGGGAGUGUGAAAGAUAUAAUGGAUUCAUUAUCCAACAUUGGAGACUUAGUUAGAGCUACUGAAUUUAUUGGUCAAAGCUCAGGAAAAGUUUUGAAAGGACAGUCCCAGAAAGUGCAACAAGCUGUCUUACAGAAGUUUCGAACUGGAGGAUACAAUGUUAUUGUUGCAACAUCAAUUGGAGAAGAAGGUCUGGAUAUCAUGGAAGUCGAUCUUGUGAUUUGCUUUGAUGCCAAUGUCUCACCUUUGAGAAUGAUCCAGCGCAUGGGAAGGACUGGAAGGAAGCAUGAAGGGCAAGUUGUAGUUCUAGCUUGUGAAGGAUCUGAGCUGAAGGGAUAUUUGAAAAAACAAGCAAGCAGCAAAGCCAUAAGGAAGCACAUGCAUAAUGGUGGAAUCAGGAGUUUUGAUUUCCAUCCUAGUCCUAGGAUGGUUCCACAUAGUUGUAAACCAGAAGUUCAGUUUGUUGAAUUGUCAAUAAAGCAGUUUAUUCCUCGAGGGAGAAAAGUGAAAGGUGAUGCAACACAUCAAUCACCAUAUUUGAGACGAGUAUCCAAUGGAGAGAAUGAUUUACUUGCUAGGUACUUCCUCCCAUCUAAGGAGGAUACAUGGAGACCAUCCCUUAUUGCCUUUCCCAACUUCCAGGCUUUCCCUUCCAGAGUACAUAAAGUAAGACAUUCAUUCAGAACAACAGAGAUGUUAAUUGAUAUUAUGCAGCAUCUUCAAGGAAUAUCAUUUUCCAAAGCUAAGAAGGCUUGCUUGGUGGAGGUUGAGACCUCAAGCCAGUCACUUGCUGGUGUCACCACUGCACAGGAUAAUAUUGAGCAAGAUUCCACAAAUGUCAAUGCUGCUAUAUAUAAUGUUCCAGAAGCAUUGUUUCAAGAGAAAAUUUCCAAUGCUGAAGGAUCAUUUAGAGAGACUUCAGAGAGUAAGGAUGAGCUUAUUCCUGAUGUAACUGCCCAGGUGCCCCCUAUUCACCAUUUUCUCUUUGGAGGGCAUUUUGUGACUGUGAAUGCUGCAGGCAGUGUAUAUAUUGCAUCUGUACCUGCCCUUACACAUAAAGGAACUAUAAUUUCUAAUGUUAUGACAAAUGAGAACAAUAGUGAACUUCAAAUUAGCAUGAGGAACGAAGCUAUGACUAAGCCAUCAGCAGUAAACGAAGGUAUUCUAGAUAUGGAGUUAAAAGAUUCUGCAGAAGCAGCAGGUUUCACUGGGUUGAGGUCCAUAGGGAAUGGAAGAACUUCAGCACCUAAUUCACCCAGAUAUUAUGUGCAAACACAGCAUGAGUGUGAGAAAUAUAUGCUUCAGAACCCAGUUCCUAAACGAGAUAUUGUGAAUUCAGAAGACAGUGCUGCUGAGACACCCGGUGAUACUGAAAAUGUUAUUCAUGCUUCAUUAGUGGGUGACUCAAGAGGAACUUUGAGAGAGAUGGAGCUGAGUCCCAGACUAAGUCAUUUUAUUGAGGAAGGCAUCGUUCCAGAGUCUCCAAUGGUUAAGAUCAACCAUUGUUCUUCUAAAGUAGAGAAGACUAUAGGUGGUAGGUUCAUGCCAGAGUAUGAAUCUGCAAAGGUAUGUGAAAAGAAAGACCUUAGGGAUGUGGUUUCAUGCUCAGCAAUUCUAUUUAAUGCUCCAGGAAAGAAUGAAUUGCACACACCAUGUCCUACUUCACCUGACAUCAAGUUCUCCAGCUUGUCAUCAAAAAAAUUAAGUUUAGAUAUAAGUAAUUUGGGAAACAUGCAGGAUAGUGUGCCCAGAACUGAAAUGAAAGGAAAUUUAUUAGUCUCUCCUAAAAAUGAGGAAAUAAAGACUCCUCUAGCAAAUCAAGCAAGCACCAGUGAGAAUUGGCAGUUAGAUUCUGGAGGGGCCUCAAAAUCAGUUGAGCAAGCUCCGAAGUAUAGAAGGUUGUGCAAGUACAAGGACAAAAUCAAAGAUCUGCCUUGCACAACUUUGAAAGAAAAAUAUAAUUGCUCUAUGGCAUGCAACUGUGGACCCAGUACCAGGACCAAUCCAGACCAGAUGGAGUGUAAAAAAGGUAAAAAGGAGAAGGCAAAGAGAUGCUCCAAUUUCUUCAUUGACGAGGAAGCCGAGGUAUCCGAGGAUGCGGAAGUUUCAGAGGAUGAGGAAGAUAAUGAGGAUGAAUAUGAUGAAAGUUUCAUAGAUGAUAGGACAAACCCUACCGAAUCAAGGACUCAAGCAGAAAAUAGUGGAAGUGACAUGAUGGUCUUUUAUAGGCGUUCUUUGCUUACUCAGUCACCUGUAGAAAUUCCGCCUAGAUGUUUGGCCACGCCUCAUGAUUCUAUUUCUUCCAGAAUGGCUGAAAGUGGAAGCGGUUCAUCAGAAAAAAUACAUAGUUCUCUACAUACUCCUAGAAAUGGCCUGCAAUCAACAAAUCAUUCCAUUGUUAGGAAUUCUGUGACACGCCAAUUAGACUCGGGGCAGGCUGGGCCAAUAAGUUUGCAAGGUGAAGGAAGCAGCGUCCAAAAAGAAUUCUCGAGUAAAAUGGAAUGCAGAAAAAGAAAGUUGAGCUUUCAAAAUACUGGCUCAAUUACAGUUAGAAAGCUCCAACUGGACCAUGAAACUCAAUUAGAGUAUUCAGGCAAAGCAUUACCUUGUUGUCACCCUGGGAGCACUGAAAAUAAUAAUGACCCUUCAUGUGAUGAUGAUUUCUAUCAGAGUCUUGAUCUUGAUGCAGUUGAGGCACAGGCUACUGAACUCUUAAGGUACAGGUCUGGAUUAUCAAUUAAUAGCAUACCAGCAUCAAUGCCCAAGUAUCCUGCGGGAAUCAAGGAGGAUCCUGGCGUGAACUACCUGAGUUCUCCAUCAUUUGAUUUAGGAAUUUGAAUGAUUGCUUUUACCAGUUCUCUAAAUGAUUGGUUGAUUAUAGGCAAGUGAUGUAUCAGUCAUAUGGUUUACGUUUUGCUUUGAGCUCUGAAUCAGACAGGAGAUUGGAAUUGUCAGACAAAUCAUAACAGUUGUAUGAAGAUUAAAGACAGAGGCAUUUAAUGGUGGGCACUAAUCCACAGAUCAAGGCACUGAUGAAGGUAUAUCUCCGACAGAGAUCUGUUUAAUAUUUAACUGCUUGAACUAAUACGGACAUGAAGAGUUGCAUUCAUACUGGAUGCAUUGAACAUCGUCAGGACCCAAUAUGAAACUUCCUGGACUGUGACUAUUUAUUAAGGGUCUGGUUUAGUAGCCAGAUUUACCGAAAGAUUGUGUUCACGGGUGUCAAAUUGAGUGCCGAAAUGCAUGUAUAUGGGAUAGAUGAUGCAGUCGCAACAAAUUGAAGUGUACAGUACUAGAGCUUGUAAAUGCCAAUUUUGCAGCAAGAAAAGUAACAAAAGCGGGGAUGAUUUAAUCCCCUAUGGUAAAA